AUGGCUGCUUCGAAGAGCUGGGCUGACGAUGUCGAGGGUGCCGAGUUCCCUCCCCGCACCGAGACGACCGACGCGAACGGUGUCACGACCAUCGUCGAGUACCGCCUGAACGACGAGGGCAAGAAGGUCAAGGUUACGCGCAAGAUCAAGCGCACGCUUGUCAAGACUACGGUCAACCACGUUGUUGCGGAGCGGAUGGGUUGGGCCAAGUUCGGCCAGGAGAAGGGCGCCGCACCGGGUCCUUCGAGCGCGACUACGACUGUCGGCGAGAACGUCCGUCUCCGCAUCCAAGCAGGCGGUAUCAAGAUCCAGGCCGAGGAGAAGGACGAUGAGAGCGAGGCGAUGAGGAAGCAGCUCGCGAACAAGAAGGUUACUUGCCGAUACUGUUCGGGAGACCACUUUACCGCCCACUGUCCCUACAAGGACACUCUUGGCGCUGCUCUCGGCGAUGCCGACAACGGCCCUCCCUCCGACCUCCCCACGGACGCCGGCGCACCAGGCGGCACGACUGUCGGCGGCAAAUACGUCCCUCCUUCUCUCCGUUCGGGCGGCGGCACACGUCCGGGCGAGACUAUGAACGGCUUGCGCGGCGGAGACAGGGACGCGUACCCGACUCUGCGUGUCACCAACUUGAGCGAGGACGCGAGCGACGCGGAUAUGUGGGAGCUGUUUGGACGGUUUGCCCAGAGGGGUCGGAUCAACCGCAUCUACGUCGGCAAGGAUCAAGAAACGGGUCUCUGCAAGGGAUUCGGCUUCGUCUCGUUCGAGGACCGCGCCGACGCCGAGGCUGCGCUCAAGAAGGUCCACGGUCUCCCCUACGACCACCUCAUCUUGCAGGUCCAGUGGAGCGUGCCCAAGGGCGAGCGGCCUGAGGCUGGUGCGAGGGCUUAG